AUGGAGCAGGCAGCCAUACCUGGGGACCCAGGGCUCCCUUGUAGCCCCAAGCAGGCCUUGGCUCUGUACCUGCACCUCUUCAGAUGCCCUGCGGGCCUGGGCCAGCUCCAGGCUGCCCUGCAGCAGGUGCAAGAGAGCCGGGCCUGUCCCUUGGGACUGGAGCUGCCUGCUGUGUUGCUGGCGAUGGAGCGGACCCGGCGGGCCCAGGAACAGCUCCUGUGGGACUUGGAGCUGCUGGCUGGGGCAGGGCUGAGCCUCUUCUGGCCCCCCCGGGCCCAGUUCCACGGGCUGAAGGACCAGGCCCAGUGUGCAUGGAGCCAUUACGGCAAGCCCCGUGGUAGGAGGGGUAGGGGCUCUGAGCAGCUGACCAGUUGGAGUUCUAGGCCGUGUCCAUUGCCCCCGGCUGGGGACUCCCUGAGCCAGAACCAUCGGCCUCCUGAGGGGGGGCUGGCAGUAGACCCAUCAUCAGCCCUGGAUCUGGGUGAAGCUGCGAGGGACAGAGACCCAAGGUGGGCGAGCCCUGCUCUACCUGCAGCACCCACACCUGGUUGCCUGCGAGGGCCGAACCCCGCCACCAGCAGUAGCUUUGGGGACCCAGGAGGUUCUGAGUUCAAGAACCUGGCGCAGAGGGAAGAGAGGAGACCCGCAGGACCCACAACCCAGAGGCCCAAUGGACAGCCAUCCACGAAUGUAUGUGGUAGAAAGCUCACUCAGGGAGCCCCAUGGCCCUCAGGCCUGCCCUCCCAGGGCCUGCCGGAAACCCAAGUUCCCCUGGAGGGGCUGGGCUGGAGCCUGCGCCAGGAGAGAGCAGAACUUCAGAAACUGCUGGGAAUUGAGAUUCCUCUGAGGCAGAAAGAGGGGGACCCUCGGGAGCAGAAAGGAGAGAGCCCCCGGGGUCAGAGAGGGGAAGCCCCCCUGGGGGAGAACAAAGAAGUUCCUGAGAGACAGAGAGAGAAGACACACCAGGGUGAGAGUGGGGAGGCCGCUGGUGCUCUGAGAGAGGAGGUCUCUGAGUAUCCCUGGUGUGCGCCUCCCCAGAGUGUGAGGAGAGAGUCUCCUCAAGGUCAAAGAGGAAAUGGCCCUAAGUGCCAGAGAAAGAAGGCUCUCCAGGAGUCGAGAGAGUGGACUCCUCCUCAGGGCCAGGAAGUGAAGACCCUUCGGGCUUCCCCAGGCCCGAACUGGGAAGUGGCUGAGGAAGAGGUGCCCACACAGCCCCCAGAGGAAGGCGGCUCCCUGGGAACGUCUAGGGAUUUCUGCAGGGCCCUGGGAGAACAGAUUCCGCAGCCCAGAGGUAGGGAGAGCGCUGGCUCCGGGAAAAGGACCAGCCAGCGGCGAGAGUCGGCACCGGGCACGGGAGGGCAGAGCGCCGCCGGCGAGCGGGUACGCACUCCCCUUCCACCCCCGAAGCCCCCGACCCGGCCGCCGCUCCCAAGCCCGGGGACCGAGACGCUAGCGGCCCCAAGCGCUGGAGGGGGCUCCGGGCGGCAGGAGCGCCCCGCAGCUCCCCCCGAGCACUCAGGGCCGGUGGGCGACCCGCACGGGCUUCAGGACCCGGAAGCAAGCCCUGGCCCGGCGGAGCAGAUGCCGGGUGCCGUCGGGGAGCCGAGGGGCGACGUGGAGGCCCCCGAGGCCUCGAAGGCCGCGUGGCCCCGGCCCCGAGGCAGGGAGGAGGCGUCGGCGGGCGUGAGCGCAGCGCAGCAGGAGACCGCUCUGCAGAGGCUGCUGGAGCUGCACCGCGCGGCCAGGCGCCGGCGGCGGCAGGAUCGCGAGCAACAGCGUCUCCGCGUCUGGGAAUGCCUCCGCAUCGCCAGGAACCGCCACUGCCGGGUGCACCCUCUGGGGCCCUCACCCAACCUAGCUCAGCUCCCGCCACAGGAGGAUGCGGCGGGGCAGCGUCGCGCCCUGCGGCAGCAGCUGCAACAAGUGCACCGGGAGAGGACCGGGCGGCUGCGGGCCCUCGGGGCCAGGAACACUCAGAACUUCCAGCAGCUACUGUGGCGGCCUCGCACUGAGGUCCCUUUCCCAGGAGAGGAGCCCUCGUCCUUCCCAGCCCCCUCUAGUCAUUGCUGAAUCCUCAAAGGGAUGAUUAAAGAGAUGGGGA